AUGGAGGUUACCCCAACUCGGUUGCCUGCCCGACGAGGGCAAGGGAGCCCGCCUGAUGAUUCUCCGCCCAAAAAGACUCCUCGCCGCCUACCGGGGCCCAAACUAAAGCCUUUAGGGCAGCGUAAAGUAACCCCAACCAAAGGGAUCUCGCGCGUAACGAGGUCCUAUUCCCGAGUUGCUCGAGUGCGGGCGCUCGAAUAUAUGUAUCGGGAACGGAAAACGGAGGUUCUAAUUCUCGCAAAGGGAAAGGCGCGCGCCCAACGGCGGAAAAGCUAUUUCGGACUUAAAAAAGUGGUAGAUAUCGUUAGCAUUAAUCCAAAAAGCGGGCUUAUAAAGGUAAAAAGGAUUCGCCCGUAUACGUACGACGAGGUUGCCAAUAUCUUUAAAAUACCCAACGGUAGCACCGUAGCUAUUUGGCUUACCGCGCAGCGCUUGUGGGAAGAGCUUUACGAACCCAACACCAACGGUAAAAUAACGAGGUUCCGGUUUACCAACGGAUGGUUUGGAAGCUUUCGAAAGCGUUGGGGUUUUUCGCUGCAGCGCGUUACCAAAAUCUUUACCAAAUUACUUGCGGAUUGCGUUAAAGUCGCUAAGCGCUUUCUUUGUUACCGACGAUUCCCAAAGCGUUUUAUCGCCAACUUCGACGAAAUUCCCGUACCUUACGAAUACGCGCCCGGCCAAACCUACGAGCGCUACGGUGCUAAAAUUGUUGGCAUUAAAGUAACGCGCGUCGCCGUGCGCUUUAACGAGAUUGCUUAUAAUAACGAGGAUUUUUUCGCUUGGUGGCUUAAAAAGGAAUUGCUGCCCGCUUUCGAAGGCCGCCCAGGGCUGAUUGUUAUGGACGUGGCCGCUUUUUAUUACCCAGCACGCAUUAAAUUCCUCCUUAUUAAGUACGGCGUUUACGUUGCUUUGAUUCCUUUCGGCAUAAUUUUAAUCCUGCAACCUUUCGAUACUGCAGUUAAUGGGCCCAUGAAAAAGCACCUCCGCGAGGCCACAAAAAAGCGCGUUUUCGAGCGUGCGCGCCACCUGCCGCCAGGUGAACUCCCUACCUUCACUACCUCCGAGAUGCGCGUUAUUGCUACCGAGGCCGCGGCGGCUGCCUGGGCAGUUAUAAAGCUCCCAGCGAGCAAAAAGAUGAUUAGCAAAGCGUUUUUUGAUUGCGGGAUUACUUUACGGCCCAACGGCACCCAAGACAACCUUUUUCGGCUUAAGGAUAUACUUGCCGAAUUUAUUAACCUAACCAAUUGGGAAAAGCACGUCGACGAGUUUUACUUGCGCUUUAAUUACAAUUUCGCCGGCCUGCCCGAAGAAGUUAUCGGCAAUUUCGAAAACGAACGCGGGGACUUCGAAGCAAUUACCAACCGGGAUUUGCGAUACCGGUGCAUUGCCAACGGCCUAUUUAAAAGCGGCAAUAAAAAGCAAUUGGUUAAGCGAUUUUUGGCCUGGCAGGAAGCCUAG